CCCGCCCCACAAUAACCCUCACAAAACAGAGAUACGUAAUGGAUUCUGCAACGGAGCUCGGAGGAUGGAUUAAUGGCGACGAGAGCGCAAAAGAAAUGCUUGAAAGGGUCUUAACAGAGCGUCCUUUAUUGCUUCUCCCUCCUCUCCAUCGCGUUCCUCUCCGUGUCGGUAACGUGGUUGAGAUCGUAGGUCCUUCCCCCUCCGCCAAAACCCAGAUACUGGUCCAGGCUGCAAUCAGUUGUGUUCUUCCCAGAGAGUGGAAUGGAGUGUAUUAUGGUGGCUUAGAGCGUUUAGUAAUCUACUUUGAUUUGGAUUGUCGCUUUGAUAUUCUACGUCUCUCGGAAUCACUAAAGUUGCACAUAAUGGAAGCUAACAGAUCAAGCAAUAUGAACAAUGGGGGCCCAAAUGAGGAUUUCAAUUUCGAUGAGGAACUAUUUGUAUCUUGCAUGAAACGUUUCUUGUACGUCCGUUCUUACAACAGUUUUGAAUUUUUGGCUGCUCUUAAGACAUUGCAUUGUCAACUUCAAAAGGAAAGUGAAGCACAUGGUGUUGGUGUUCAUUUCCUUAUGAUCGACAGCAUAAGUGCAUUCUAUUGGGUGGAUCGAGCUUCUGCAAUGCUACCAAUUGGAGGUGAUAAAAGGAAAAGUAUCUCUCUUCAAAGUGUUACGGAAACUGUUGUUCAGGAAAUUCAAAAUCUUCUACAGAUGCAGCCAAUGCUUGUUUUAGCUUCAAAAGCUACCAUAUUUGGGGAUGGACCUCUCUCAAGUGAGGCUAAAAGAAAAUGGUCUUUGCAAGAUGCCUCAGAUUUAAAAACCUCCACAAUGGAUCUGCAGAAAUAUUCUUAUCGUGAUUACAUGCCGUCAGUGUGGCAGUCAUUUGUUACACAUAGGGUUCUUGUAAGAGUCUCAGAUGAAUAUCUUGCUAACAGCAAACAUCUAAUUACACCAAUCUAUGAGACUGAAUGGUUACUGCCACCUCUGAGUUUCUUGGACAAAUUUACUGUGAAAGAUGCUGGUAUCUUCAUGAUUGCGUGAAGGUGCAUUAACAAUAGCAAGGAAUCGGGAUUUGCAACUUGUCAGCUGAUCUCUCUCAUCACGUCAGAUUUGGAUAAGACAGUUGGAAGUAAGCAAGGAUCAAGGUAAGAGAGUAGAAAAGAGUAGAGGAGAAGUAAGAGGACGAGAGAAGAAGAUGAGAGGAAGAAGAGAAAGAGAUGCGUACAAUCGUAUGUGAGAGAGAGAGCUCUUCCCACCUAUAUUGGUGUACUAACAUGAUAGGAGGAAUUACAUACAUCUCCUUAUGGAUGCAAAAGGUAAAAAAACGAAAAUAAACCAGUUCCCAAACUACUCCUAUGACAUAAACUCUAACACUCCCCCUCAAGCUAGGGAAUAAAUGUCAUAUAUUCUCAGAUUGCACAAAAGGGUACUGAAUUGGUGAGGAAUGAGCACUUUGGUGAAGAUAUUUGUCAAUUGAUCACUUGUCUUCACAAAGGAGUGCAAUUUUAAUCAGAGUCAAUCUUCUCCUUGAUGAAAUGAUGGUCUACCUCAUUGUGCUUUGUUCAGACAUGUUGCACGGGAUUGUAAGAAGUAGUUAUAACAACCUUGUUAUCAAAAUGGAGCUGUGUAGAUCCAUCCCUCAAAUUCCAAUUCCCGGACCAACCAUCUCAAUCAUAGGAAUUCACAUUACUCCAUAGCCAUUUACCUAAACUCUACCUCUGCAUUUGAUCUAGCCACAACAUGCUGUUUUUUGCUCCUCAAUAUGACCAAAUUACCACCCACUAAUGUGCAAUAGCUUAAUGUGGACCAUCUUUCAGAAAUGGAGCCAGUCCAAUAGGCAUUAGUGUAGCCUUCAAUCCUCAAAUGAUUGUGCCUGAUAUACAACAAUCUUUUUCUUGGGGUGGGCUUAAAGUACCUAAGGACAUGGUUCUCAGCAUUAAACCAUUGCUGAAUCAACCCUAAGUCUUUGUCCCUGAAAACCAACCUUAUCAUUAGAGCCAAGCUUUAAACCAUUGCUGAACCAGCAACAACCUCUACUCUUAGUUUCAUGAAUUUAUAAUUGAAAUACCACUUGGUUUCUUGGUUUGUUGUAGUUUGGAUUUGAUUAAGAAUUGUACCCUAAAUUUUCCCGUGGUUUGGAUCCUUGUUGGGAGGCUGGGUUGUUUGCGAAACCAGUCUUCCAUUGGUUCUGUUGCAACAUUGAGAGGUGGAAGAAAGUACUCCUCUAAAUUGCGAGUACGGCGAAACUCCUAUUAUUUGCAAAAAAGCCCUCACUUCUGAACUGUAAUUCUAUUUCAUUUCCACUUCAUUCUCAGUACCAGAAAAGCCUUUCUUUUGAACUUAUACUUAAAGUUUGGUCCUGUUACUAGAUUACGUCACUUUUAAAGGUCUAAACUAUUCCUGAAAUUACAAGGUUGCCACUUGCCCUUCUAUUUGGGAAUUCGUUCAUCUUAGUGGGGCCUAUAGUGACUUGAAAGCAGGAGUUUGUGACCCAGGGUUGCAUUACCACUUAGCGUCUUCAGCCAAUGAAAAAGACAUGUUUGAUAGUUUACUCUAGGUCAUUCAUGUUACUCCCUUCCAAGGCUUCCGUCAGAAGUAGUCUCAGCCAAGAUCACCGAGUCAUUAGGUAAAAUACUGUGCAGUCUAUUCCAGUUUGCCUUUUACCCCAUGUUGCCUUUGAUUCCUGGGUGCUUGAUGCUGCUUUCUUGGCUUCACUCACCCCCUCCCCAAAAUAUUUGCAGAUGGUAGCUGUAUUUUAGUCUUAUGAUAACCUGAUUGUUCAUGGUGCUAUAUUGAGCUAGAAGUCUAUCUAUGAUCUAUUGGCUGUAUUCUUCAUAGGCACAUGUUUGAUGAUCUGUUACAAAGUAUAUCUUUGUGAUUAAUAGCAACAUGAUGUCACUAGUCAUCAAUUUCCAAUGGCUAUAUUUCAAUGGUUCUAUUCGAACUGCUACUUCUCCAUUCCCUUAUAUAUUUGUAUUGUGAAGUAUAGAAAAGCAUAGAGAAGAAGAAUUUGAGUUCAAUGUAACAUCUUGUGGUGAGUGAGCCCCACUCUUGGGUUGAGUGGGUUCCCAUUUGAGUUUGAGGUCAUCUUGUGGUCCCCAAGCGACCCCAGAGUCAAGUGGUACUCCCUGACUCGUGUUAUCUUGUAUUUGGUUUCUUAUUUUGGUAUAGAGCUCUUCUAUAUAUUUUUGAGCUGCAUCAACUUGCUAUCAAAGCAUGUUCCGAUCUUGAACACCAUGUUAGAGGUAGAGCAUGAGUUGAAGAAGCUUGGUUAUGACACUUGGAUGAUGAAGAUGGUUGCAACCUUUAGGAUGAGUUCUUUCAAUGCGGGGAAGAAUGAUGGCUACAUAUGAUUAUGACAUGAUAUCACUAGUCAUUAAUGACAGGAGACUAUUCCAAUGGCUCUAUUCUAACGACUAUAUUUCAAUGGGCGGUUCUCCAUUCCCUUAUAAAUUUGAAUUGUAUAGUAUAGAAAAGUAGAGAGAAGAAGAAUUUGGGUCCAAUGUAACCUCUUGUGGUGAGUGAGUCCCACUCUUGGGUUGAGUGAGUCUCCAGGCAACUCAUGAGAUGAGUGGUACUCUUUGACCCUUAUCUUGUAUUUGGUUUCAUUUUUUUUUGACAAUUAAACUCUUUCAUUUCUUUUUGAGCUGCAUCAGAUACCACCUGGCCAUGUAUUACUUUUUCUACAAUUCACUGUUUUAUAACUUUUAUUAUAUAAUGUUUUAGCUGUGUUUUUGCAAAAAAUAUUGGUUUUACUUUAUCUUGAUAAAUUACUAUCCAGCAAAUAAAUGUCAUAUUCAGAGAUUGCAGUUAACAUAUAAUCUGCUACUUCUCCAUUCAAUUUAAUCAGAAUUCUUACGCAGUUUGAAUUCAGUUUUACCUUUUCAGAUGGGUUGUUGAGUCAAGUUUACUGUAACUGCUUAUGUCUUAGUAUGACCAUAAUUUGGUAUCAGUGAUUGAUGUACAAAUCAUAACCUCUCUCAACCUUGAUCUAAGGGGAAAAGGGGAGAGAAUGAAUUCUUGAUAUUCAACAUAUGCAUUGUCUUGUGUACUUUGCACUUCUGUAUUAGACUCUGAGGCACAAUAACAGGGUAUUCUGAAAAUUGAUGGUAGCUACUAAAUAUCCUCAUUUGAGGUUUGAAUUGCCUGGUACUUUUCAGCAUGACUUUGCCCACUUUUGAACUAAUAGUACUUAAAAUUGACUCGAGAAUCUUUUGUCAAAUUUUAGUAUAGAACAUUCACAUAAGAACUUUCUAUGACAGAAACAACUCACAUGAAUUGCAACUUUGCUCCUUCAAGAUUAAUGGUCAUGAUGAACUUAUGCUGCUAGUCAACCUAUUUUAACAUGGCUUGCCUUUGGUUUAUGGUUGCUUUAGACAAAACAGUUGGCAUCACACGUUGCUAGCUUGAAGUGCUCAGUACGUGUAUCCCUUGACAAAC